AUGGAUCAUGUAUUACAAAUAACUCAUUUACAUCAAAAUCUUAAGAAAAUUUUAAUAUGUAAUAAUUAUACAUCUUUAUAUCAAUCAUUAUUAUUAUCAAAAGAUUAUAAUUGUUCAAAUACCUUGAAUACAAUUACUUUCUAUUACGUCGAUUUUAGAGUAAUAAUCAAUCUUGAUAAAGUAUUUGGACAAUUAAAUGUAUUAGAAUCUGUUCAUAUUAUUAAUUGUUCAUCUUUGGAACAAAUUAUUAAUUUAUCCAAACCAUUUAAAUUGAAAUCUUUAAUUUUAAAUAAGGUACUACAAUUUGAAUCAUUGCAACAAUUAUUACUAAAAUCUGGUGAUUAUUUGGAAAAUUUCGGUUUGGGAUUUGGUUAUGGUCUAUCAUCAAGACAAGUAUUGUUAGGAUUAAUUAUAAAGUAUUGUAAGAAUAUCAAAUUUCUUGAUUUAUGUGAAUUUGAAACCCAGAUUACUUAUAAAAUAUUGGAUUUAAUUGAAAAUAUUAAACAAAAUCUUAAUUAUCUUUCAAUCAAUAUACAGGAAGAUAAUCAUUUAAUAAAUGGACAAGCUCUCCCUUCUAAAUUAGAAUACCUAAGUUUGGUACUUAACGUUAAAGAAAGUGAUUUUAAGGCAUUCUUAGAAAAUUCUCAAGAUGUUUUUAUUAAUAAAUUAUUAAUAAAACUACAAAGAGGUAGUGAUGAUAUUUCACAUUAUAUAAAGGAAUAUAUUAUGAAGGGAGAAAGAGUUAAAUAUUUGGCUAUUAAGGGUUGUGGGUUUUUGUGUGGGCGUUUUCCCGCCUUUCCCUUUUAA